AAAAAUUCUAUAGCAAUCCGCGCAAGAAUCAGCCAAUCGAGAGAUAUACCCCCCGUCUUUCUCUUUUACAUUUAAUCUAUUCUAUGUACGGUGCUUGCCAAGCUCUAUCGUGACUUGUGUGAUGACUUGUCUGCUGCCAGAGAGAUACUAGCACACUUAAGUCUCUUGAACAGUUUAGCUGAGCCGCAGAUCUCAAGCAUGAAACUUGACUACUGGUGUAGAUAUUUGUGCCAACUUGUGAGUUUUUUCUCUACGAAUCCUCUCGUAAUCAAGAAAAAUUCGAGCUUUUUGUGCUUGUGCCAACACGAAAAAUUAAAAGCACUUGCGAAGCACUUUCUGGUAGAAAAACAUUCUAUAUUCGAAGUUUUCUAUAUUUUGUCAAGUGUUUUGGCUCAUUAUAAGAAUAACCACUCCGUUCGAGCCAGUCGUUUUUUUCUCGUUUUGCCGAACUUGUUCACGCUGCGUUAUAAUUUCAACUUGGAAUGCCGCCAUCCGGCUCUAUUCGCCACAGAGACAUAGGAGGAUUGCAUUCUAUUUCGAAUACAAACGGAGUAUUGGAUUCAAACACAUCCCCUCUAAUGAGUUCCUCGCCACAAACCAAUCCCCUGAUGAGCUACCGACACUUCUGCUACCUGUGUGAUCUGCCUCGCAUGCCCUGGUCGCUGCUCUACGACUUCACUGAACCCGUGUGUCGAGGCUGCGUGAAUUACGAAGGAACCGAUCGAAUCGAGAGCGUCAUAGAAAGCACUCGAUUCAUGAAGAACCACCUUUACUCGUUGCGCAGAGGAGGAGGAGGAGACCCUUCCAACUUAGAAUCAUCUUUGGACGGCAUCGAUAGCCCGUGUGGGCCACCAUCUCUCGCAAAUGGCGGUGCGACCACCUCUACAUAUUCGAAGCCUGACUUGCUCAAUUCGGUUGCUCUGAUGAACAGAAAGCGUCUUCAAACCAACCAAAUUCCACCAGCAGUGGUGCACAAAAAGGAACAAACGAGUAGUGGCCUUGGUUUGAGACAACGUGCUGUCAAUAACGCCCAAGCCAUCAAGGACACGUUGAACGUCUGCUGUCCCUUCCUGAUCCGCUACUACAACACGGGAACUCGAUGUCUGGCAAAAGUCCUGAGCUUCAGUGCCAGCUCAAGUUUCGGCCUAGUUGUGUUGGUUGAGUAUCCUUUGUCGUCCGGUCAGAGGUUCCAUUCUUUAGUUGAAGUUGUCCGUGCAAUGACUAAUGACAAUCCAAAUAUCGAAGCCCUUGUGAAAGGCGCGUAUGUUGCGUUCCCAGAACGAUUCUUAGAGUAUCAGAAAAAUCUUGAAGACCCCAAUUCGUGGAAUCUUCUAUCAGCGCUCUUGACUGAAGGUGUGAUGUCUUUCCUAGAAACGCCGAACCCAUCCCUGCUUCCAACCUCGCUUCAAAAUACUUCAAGCAACGCCGUUGUGGAUGAUUCAAGCCAGGAGUCAAGGCCUUCACCACAUCAGAUGGCUAACGGCAUGGAUUUGAGCAUACGACCAGCCAAAAAACCCAAAACAACUAUUGAGAUUCAAAGAAGCAACGCAAAAGUUACGAAGUCUCCGUCGCCUGGGGGCGUUGGAGCCAAGCCGCCAUUGACGUCUGGAACCAUUGACUUGACAAACAAUGUCAGGUCAUCUACGUCAACAGCAGUUUGUGGUAAAGACAGUAUCCAGACGACGAUGAGUGUUUCGAGUAGUUGUAGUGUGAGCAGCAACAACAGCACUCCUUCAGUGGGAACUGUGAGCUCAUCGGCAAGCUACAACUGCUUCAUCUGCAAAUCAGUGCUUGAGGAGAGUCACUUCAUACAAUGUCCGUCAGUGACUAAGCAUCGCUUCUGUUUCCAGUGCACCAGCAAGGUCAUCGAUCAACAGUUCCAUGGCCCCACCGGCACUGGCUCUACAACAGAGGUCCACUGCCCGAGCGGAGAGCACUGCCCAGUGGCGGGAUCCACCGUCCCCUGGGCCUUUUUCGAAUCAGAAAUGACUGCAGUCAAAAUAGCUGCUUCUAAAACUGCACAAAACUAAUAGCAAUUUUAAAGUUUAUGUUCUGUCAUUCUCUACUCAAAGAAUUCUCUACUUAAACUAUAAAAUAAUAAAACAACUUAGAGUUAAGGAAGCUCUUGAAAUCUAAUUUCCUUUUUCA